GAUACUCCUAUCAGUGACCACAACUACCACCACCAUCUUGAUUCUCAUUGAUCAUCCUGUUUGACAGGCUAUCAAACAGGGAUAAUGUUUUCGCCUAAAUAUUACAAUCGUUACUUGGACGAUCAUUUCGAUCGACAGUACUAUUCGGCGAGGCUCAAACUUAAAAAAUUCGAUACUGACGAAUUUCAAUCAAUGAUCAUCGCCAAUCAACAGCAUUUGCUUGCCUUUGCCGGACCACAGGCACCGGAACCACGUCCACCAUGUAUCGAGACCAGAAAUCUUUCGUUUCAUUAUAAGGCAAGCCAGCCGGUUCUUAAAAACAUUUCGAUCAAUGUACCGCAAGGCCGAAUCUAUGCAUUACUCGGUUCGAGUGGAUGCGGAAAAACUACCUUAUUGCGAAUGAUUCUAGGCAUGCUCAAACCGAAAACCGGCACAAUUCGAGUAUUUGGAAUGCAACCUGGAACGGCUGAAAUCAAAAUACCUGGUUCUGGUGUUGGUUACAUGCCACAAGAUUUGGCUUUAUUCCGUUUGUUCAGUAUUGCAGAAACAUUCGAAUACUAUGGCCGUCUAUAUGGAAUUCCAAUGGAAACAAUCAAAGAACGAACCAAAUAUUACAUCGAAUUUCUCAAUUUGCCGGGUAAAAAUCGUCUCAUCACUCAACUCAGUGGUGGCCAACAGCGUCGUGUUUCGUUGGCCGUAACUCUCAUGCAUGAACCUCCUUUGCUCAUUCUGGACGAACCGACCGUAGGCGUCGAUUCAGUACUUCGACUUAAAAUUUGGAACUAUCUCGAAGAAUUGUGUGGCAAACUCGGCACCACUGUGAUAAUCACCACACAUUACACUGAAGAGGCUCGCAAUUCAUACAGGGUUGGCUUUGUAGAUUCGGGAAUCAUUCUGGCCGAAGACAAUCCACAACGUCUUCUAUUCAAAUACAAUUGCCGUUCAUUGGAGGAUGUCUUUCUUGAACUUUGUCUGGAACGAGCACGAUUGCCCGAAAUCAGUGUCCAUAAUGGUAACAAUCAAUCAACACAGGUCAACACUGGCAAUCAACAACACACAAUACCACAAGUUCAGAUCAUUGUCGAAGAAAGUGAUGGAAAUCGUCAAGAAUCCAGCAGUAGUAGCAGCAGCAGUAGUGACAGAUCAAUCGAACAAAUCGAGAUGAGUCAGAUUCCCAAAGAUUUAAACAAUAACGACAACAACAACAACAAUAUGGUUCCGGCUACAUUACCUAUACCGCCUAUUCAUCCAAAUGCACCACAAAGCCAAAUGGAUAAUAAGAAUUCAACAGGAAAGGGUACUUCUCAAGCGUGGCUAGAUUAUGGCCGUUUUACUGCAUUGUUAGCCAAAAAUUAUCUACUUUAUCGACGAAAUCCCGUAUCAAUCAUUUUGAUGAAUGUUAUUCCAUUGGUUCAGGUUACUUUGUUUUGCGUUACGUUUGCCCGUAAUCCGGAAAAUAUUCCAGUGGCCAUUGUCAAUUUUGAAAAUCACUCCCUAUCUCUAUCUAACUUGUUCAUCGAUCAAUUGGACCAGAAAUCAUUGUUGCUUCAUUACUACGACAACGUUGAUAAUGCUAUUGGAUCGGUGCAAAAUCUUCAAACGUACAAUGUCAUAACGUUUCCCAGCAAUUUCUCUCGAUUUUUUCGCCAACGAUUUCUCAAACCAGAACAGAUUACCGAUGAGAUUGUACGACAAAGUACUAUCAGUCUUUUUCCUGACACCACUCAAGCUGUAUUUUAUCUGUACACAUACCAAAAGGUACUCGAAGCAUUAGAAAAGUUUUUGGUUAUUGUCGGCAAAAGCAUGGGCUUCAAUCCGAACUUUUUCGGCUCACCAGUCGUCCUCACCGAAACUAUGUAUGGCCAAAACAAUCUUCAAUAUUUGGAAUUCGUGACGCCAGGCAUGAUCAUAGCCGUCGUUCAUGGUCUUUCAAUGUUGAUCGGUUCGUUUACAAUCAUCAGAGAACGAUUUGAUGGCCACCUAGAGCGUGGUUUCGUUGCCGGCAUUCGAACCACAGAAAUUCUUUUAUCGCAUAUCAUCUUUUCCGAACAACAUCUGGUUACCACCGAUGACGGAUAUAUUCUUGUUGUGUUUCGCAUUAUAAAUCCUUACAUUAAACACGUUAAGCGUCCGAUCAUUCUGUGGCACGGAUUGGGUGUUUCGUCUGAUUCGUGGCUUUAUUCUACCGAAGGUCGUAUCAAUGGUAGUGGAAUCUAUGUGGAAAAUAAUUUGCUGGUCAAUGAUUGUCAUGAAUCGGUAACCAAUUCGCUAGGUUUUACUCUUGCCGCUUGCGGCUACGAUGUUUGGCUGCCAAACAGUCGCAGUGGCCACUAUUCAGUUGGACACAUCAAACUUGAUUCAAGCCGAGAUCCUCUAUACUGGAAGUUUAGUUUAACCGAACUGGCAUUGUAUGAUAUUCUGGCGGUCGUUGAAUUCGUGUUGCGCACUACUGGCCACAAAUCGUUGGGGUAUAUUGGCCAUUCGCUUGGUACGGAUCAAAUGUUUGCAUUACAAUCACUGAUACCCGAAUCAGGUAGACUAUUCGAACCAUUCAUAGCGUUAGCGCCAGUUGCUUAUUUGGGCGGUAUUUGGAGUAUUGCCAGAUUCGGUGUUCCUCUCGAACCAUUACUAAGGGCAUUUCCAGGUCCAAUAGGUGUUCCGGCACCAAUUAUGCAGUUGAUAGCCGUUGUAAUUUGCGGCAACGAAUAUCUUAAUGAUAUCUGUCUUGAUACACUUAAUCUGAUCGACGGAGCGGAUAAUCCUAAUUUCAAUCGGUCUACGGUAACGGUAGAAGUAGGACAUUCGGCAGUUACAUCUUCCACUUGGUUAUUGGCUCAUUUAGCACAGCAAGUCAAAUCGAAUCGUUAUCAGAUGAUGAAUCAUGGCAUUGUAGAAAAUAUACUUCGUUAUGGUCAAAAUGAUCCACCUACAUAUCCAUUGGGUGAUAUCAGUUCUCCACACAUUGCAUUAUUCCGUGGCCAAAAUGAUGCGUUGGCCGAUGUUUACGAUGUAGAACAUCUGGUUCGUAGUCUUAAAGUAAAAUUAUUGGACAACUACAUUGUACCAUAUGAUAAAUGGGAACAUCAUGAUUUUCAGGUUGCCAUUACACAAGGAUUUUACGUCAAUCGCCGUAUACUUGGGUUGUUGGCCCAAUUCGAUCAUGCCUGAUCAAGCUUUCACUCUCAUUCUCUCUAUCUUUCGCUCUCUACAUUAAUGAUCCAAAUAAAUAAACAUUUUUUAUAUCUAA